GUGAAAAUUUUUGUGUAGGUAAGCCCCUUCUAUAUGCAGAUGAUCUUAAACUAGUAUAUUCAUUUUCUCCACAUGAGCUGGAAAAUAUGCAAACUUGCAUUAACUUGGAGCUUAACAAGGUAGCACAGUGGUGCUUAAAAUGGCAACUGGAACUUAAUACGGCUAAAUGUGGAUGGAUAUGCUUCGGCGAUACAUCACUUAACCUAGACCUUACCAUAAAUGGAGAAAUGUUAACUAGGUUACAUACAGUAGUAGACUUAGGACUUAGAUACUCCCAAGACUUAUCGCUUACAGAACAGAUAUCGAAACAGACCUCCAAGUCACAACGACUAGUAGGUUACAUAAUUCGAAACCUUCAUAACAAUGAAUCACGAAUUUUAAUGUACAAAGUUUGUGUUCGACCUCUUCUAGAAUAUUGCACGUUUAUUCUUAGCAGUGCGCGCAUAAAGGAUAAAUUAAGGCUGGAAUCAGUACAGAGACGAUUUACACUUCGUAUUCUUGGAGCUGAUUGUUCCUUAACUUAUAAUUCUAGAUGUAAAAAACUAGAGCUAGACCCUUUAUGGAAGAGGAGACUCAAACUAAAUCUUAUUUUUUUCUUCAAACUACUUAAUAAAUUAUCCUUUACAUCCAAUCAUGUAAUUCAAUAUGCAGAGACUCCUCAUUAUGAAACCCGUAAUUCCUUGGCACUUGUGAAACAAACUUAUUCUAAAUCAUCUCUUUAUAUGAAUUACUUUGCCUGUAAAUUUUCUAGACUCUGGAAUAACCUACCAGAACAUAUCCGUACGAUUAAAUCACUCCCAUUAUUUGUACGUUGCAUCGAUGCAUAUUGCUCCUCCGAAAAUGCAUUGAAUGCUCUAGCACCCGCAAGUGUAUCUCACUCCACAAGUGUUAUUAUAGGAACUUUAAAUGUUUAGGCGUUUUUAUUAGUGCAUUCUCUGGAUAAAACCACCUACUCGCUGUCACUUUAUGUUAAUACCGUCCCCAGCUAGUUUAACUAAUUUGAAUAUCAUCAACAGUAUAUCACUGUGUCACAUGACAUACGCAUUUUGAUAGAUCUGUUUGACAUAUUUCGGUAAUUACUGCUUUGUUGUUCCGUGCUCUCUGUUUUCGUUUUAAUUUCUCUAGUUGUAGAUAUUUAUCAUUAAAUCGAUCUGGCACACGAAAUGACCUUAAUUACAUCGUUUAUAAAUCAACAGACAGUCCAGUUAAGAAAUAUUACAUGUUCCGGGCUGAUACAUUGGAUCGCUGUAAUACCCAAACAAUUACUGAACUAGUAAACUUAAAACUCAUAAAACAUGUUCGUUCUGUACAUAUAAUGAUAUUAUUUAUAUCAAAUUGAUCAUGCCUGUAAACUGGCGUGAAUUCUGUAAUUAUAAUUUUUUCAGAAUAUAAAUUAUUAUUAUUA